AUGUCACCUCACCUAUCUCAUUUACUGUCUCCGUCUCGCCACACGCCCACGGCUCUUUCAGGAAGGCCUCUUCUGGGUGCGUCAUCAUUCCCCCGCCCAUCGCCUGCUCCACCAAUCAGAGAUCUCACAUCUUCACCCUCACUGUCACUGCGGUCCACGCCAUCUCCGCGCCCAGGGAGUGGACUGUCAGACGGCCCGGACAGGGAGGUUAAAAGAAAGCCACACAAAAUCAAGUCGCGCUAUAAGUCUUUGGCAGCAAUUCCUACGAACACUCUGCUACUGGAUCAACAGGUGAUAGAUGAGCAGGUGGACAGCAGCCAGGACAGCACUGGGGACAGAGGUGUGUCAUUAGACGCACACGAUGCCGACACAGACAAAGAAAUGUGUUGCCCGGCCUGGCUGCGGAAGGAGUCAGAGGAGUUAUACGCUGUCAUUGAUGAGAUUCUAGGGAACACCUCCAUUCCACCUAAAUCCAAAUCACCAAUUAACAACGAGACACAGAAAAACAAGAUGACCUUUCCACAUUCUUAUGGUCGGGAAACAAAAUAUGCAUCUGUUGGACAUUUGAAUCCACCCGGAUAUAAUCAAAGAAGAGCUGAUUCUGAUGAGACGAGGCCGGGGGUGAUUCGUUCAGUGAGUCCCGUCACAAGACUGACAGCAGAGCCUCAUCUCAAGUCUGAAUGCGGUCCCUUCAGGCGUUUUGAAUCUCAACAGUUCAGUGACAGCACAAAGAGCGAGGGCAGCCGUGCGGCUGAUGGUGGAUCAGGAGCGUGUGACCUGCAUAUCACUGAGCCAGAUGAACCUCUCGGACUCCCAAAAUACAGAACCUCCCUCAGCUCUUCCUCCUUCUGUCCUACAGAGAGAAAACUGAUGGCAUUUCAGACUCAAAUUUAA